GCGGCGGGGGUCCUGGGGGUCGUUAUGGUUCUGGUUUUAGUCAUACUCAUCCCGGUUCUGGUCAACUCAGCGGGCACCGCGGCGCACUACGAGAUGCUGGGUACUUGUCGGAUGGUGUGCGACCCUUACGGCACCAAGUCUCCCACCAGCACCGCCACGGCGGACACGGUCCGAGACAACAGCCUCGUGCAGUCUUUACCCACCUUCAUCCAAGGGCCGAAAGGGGAACCGGGCCGUCCGGGUAAGGCGGGUCCGAGGGGACCACCCGGUGAGCCCGGGCCGCCCGGCCCAGCGGGGCCACCUGGAGAGAAAGGUGAACCGGGCAGACCUGGUUUACCCGGACCUCCGGGACCCAGCGCGGCCGCCGGGGCCAUAAGCGCGGCCACCUACAGUACCGUGCCAAAGAUCGCCUUUUACGCGGGGCUGAAAAAGCAGCACGAGGGCUACGAGGUGCUCAAAUUCGACGACGUGGUGACCAACCUGGGGAACCACUAUGAUCCCACCACCGGGAAGUUCACGUGCUCCAUUCCCGGGAUUUAUUUCUUCACUUACCACGUCCUGAUGCGAGGAGGCGACGGCACGAGCAUGUGGGCUGACCUUUGCAAAAACAACCAGGUACGUGCCAGCGCCAUAGCCCAGGAUGCGGACCAGAACUAUGAUUAUGCCAGUAACAGUGCUGUGCUGCAUCUGGAGCCAGGAGACGAGGUCUACAUUAAACUGGACGGAGGCAAAGCUCAUGGAGGCAACAACAACAAGUACAGCACCUUCUCUGGAUUCAUCAUCUAUGCUGACUAG